AUGAAGUUGCACGAAACCAGCGUCCUGGGCUACUCCCGCAUGGCGGCGCCUCCCGACCGGCAGGGGCGGCUGUACAAGAAGAGCGAACGCACCAGCAGCUACCAACGGCGCUGGUGCGAGCUGCGGGGGAACCUGCUCUUUUACUGGGAGCGGCAGGGGGACCGCGAGCCGCUGGGGCUGAUCCUGCUGGAGGGCUGCACCGUGGAGCUACAGGAAUCCGCCACGGAGCCUUUCACCUUCAAGAUCUCCUAUACCCAGGGGCCACUGGGGCACCGGGCUUACAAGAUGGCUGCUGAAGACCAGGCCUCCAUGGAGGGCUGGGUGCGGGCUCUGAGCUCGGCCAGCUUCAAGUACCUGCAGGCCCUGUUGACAGAUCUGGAGGGACAGUACUGGGCCAGCGGGGCCCUCAGGGCGACACCACUGGAAGAGAGGGCUGCGCAGCGCAGCCCAUUGGUGUCAGAGGUGGGAUUGCCAGACUUUGAAGGGCUUCACCGACAGUUCGGGGAGGAGAUGAUGAAACUGAGGGCGAGGUGGAGGGAGGGGAGAGCAGGAGGGGACCAGACAGCGCAGGGGGACCUGAUUGAUUUGGAGUAGGGAGUAGGCAAAGGUGGUGAGCCGGAGGGGGUAGGGAAUCCACAUUCAUUGCCAUCGAAUAUAGGAGAAACUAUGGGGAACCAGGGGUGGGCAAGCAGGGGCUGCAUGUUGGGAUUAAGGGGCACCAGCCUUGGUGGUCUGGGGUGACUGGGAAAUG